AUGAGAUGGGAAGUGAUAGCCAUCGUUUUGUUAAUGGAAAUUACUGUAGUUUUUCCACGACGAAAAACUAGCGGUGCCGAACGCUCAUUCGAUAAACCUAACGAAAUUGAUUGGGCUCGUCCUGACGAGGAUUCCAACAAAGAGCUAGAAUCAAGCGAAAAAAACAAAAAUUCAACUGCCCAUGAAACUUCAAAAUCGUCCUCAACAACACAAGAAACUGAGGUGGUGACAGAAAUCCCCGUAACGCUUAAUGAAAAGUCGGAAGAAACAACAGCAACAACGGAAUUUGAUAUAGUUAGUGCAUUGCUGAAUGGUGUGGGAGAUAUUUCGAAUCUUACUAAGCAAGUGGAAGAGGAGUACUCGUCUUCGUUGGACGACGCAGCGAACAGAACAGUGUUGUGGAUCGACGCCAGUUAUAAAGCAGAAGAUUUCAAAUUGAACACAACUUCACUUCCUGAAUGUCAAUCGUGGCGAACGUACUGGAGCUUGAACUUAACCUCUGAGGAAGAAGACAGGAAUAGCACCUCUUCUGAGGACUCGAUUUCUUUGGAAGAACUGGCAAAAAAAUUGAAGGAAACCGAAUUGAUAAAGGAGAAAAAGAAGCUGAAGAAAAUUGGAUUGAACGAGAAGUUGCUGGACGAGUACAAGGCAGUCGGACUAGUCUACAAAGAGAUAUGCGGUGAUCACGGUCGCACACUUUGGUUUCGAGACACCACUGAUGCUAAGAAUAUUGGUAUCACAGAGAAGUCCCUUAUUUGCGAGCCUUUCAAAGUGGAUCUCACUCCUGACAUUGAAAAACUUGCAACAUUGGCAAAGAUGCUCGACGAGUUGGUCGAAAACUCCACUAAGGGAAUUGUGCCCACCUUCUCCACAGAGAAGACGUCGAUAAUAGAAGAAACUGAUGUAGUUGCAACUGUCAAGGACGAGCUACUCGAACAGACGAAAGCUCCAGAAGUAGACAAAAAUAUUAGAUACGCUGUUGAAAUGGAACGCGCUGGGAUUCCAGAACAAAGCAUGGAUUUUAAAUACGGUGUUGCAAAAGAAAUCAAGAAAUCUGUAGUUGCUCCAGAAGAAGAAGGGGCUUCAUUUCUGGUUGUAGAAGAAGCAGCCAAUCAUAUAGUUAAAGUAGAAGAAGUGGGGAAGUGGAAAACAAAUGGAGACCCACCACAAAUUUCUGAUCUUAAUGAAAAAACAAAAAAUAGUCCAUGGAUGGUUAAUAACGACGUGAUAGAUCGUAUGGAGGACUAUCCAGAAAACAAUUAUCAACACGGUCAUUACAAGGUAAUACACCACCACCGCACAAAGCGUGAAGAAGAAAAGGAAAAUGAAAGAAAACCUGAAGCAACAAGCCCUGAUAAUGACGACGAUGAUGACUGGCUGCUAACGAUGAACAAAGUCUUCACGGAAAGUCUUGAGGAUGUAACAGAUGCUGGAGAAGGGCAGCGAAAAAAUGCUACCGAAUACAAAUGGAUCAAGAUCGAAUAUUCGGAAGAAGCUCAUCCUACACUACUGCUUUCUUCGACGGAGGCUGUCGAAGGUCUUGCGCUCAAAAUCCCUGCGGAUGCACUGAAACGCUACGAAAACGUAGGUUUGUAUCUUCCUGGGAUUUGCGCAGACUAUGUACCGAAAUCCAUUGACGAGUUUGACAGCAGUAGCUUUGAAGGUGUGGAAAUCGAAGGACCAAUUGGAGUGAACAUCACCGCGCUGGAAGCUGCUGGUGUGAAUCUCACGGCACUUGCAGAAAAACUCAGAAAUGACACCGAGGUGGACGAUAUCCUAAGCAGAACAAAUGGAUCGACAAAAACACUUGGUGGAAGUUUCAUACUCCCAGUGCUCAACAAAAAUCAGUAUGACCCAUUUUCUGCUCCCAUUGUGUUUCAGGGAAGCGCAGUUGUUGUUCGUUUUGGGAUCUACAUCGAAUCAAUGUCAAACUUCCAGACAUCUACAAUGGAUUACGAUAUGGACAUCUAUCUGAUGAUGUCAUGGCGGGACGCUCGGCUUGUCAAUCCUUAUGACAAGCCUAUACUGGUCAAGGAAGAAGAAAUCCUUGAGAAAAUUUGGAGACCAGAUCCAUUUUUUGCAAAUGCAAAAGAAGCUGAAUUUCAUGAAGUGACGUUUCUCAACUUUCUUAUGCGCAUUUUUCCCGACGGACUAGUGCUCUACGAAACGCGGGUCAAGAUAACGCCUUCAUGUAAUCUGAUACUGUGCAAAUAUCCGCAUGAUAAGCAAACGUGUGAUCUACUCAUUAAGUCUUUCGCCUACCCUGUUGAAACUGUACGAUUCGAAUGGUUCACGCGUAGAGCUGAUGCUAUAGACAAAAAUCCCGAUGUAAAACUACCGGAACUGUAUAUCGACCGUUAUGAACCGACAGUAUGCACGAAAGCAAGAAAAACAGGAGCUUUUUCGUGUCUUCGUGCAGUGUUUCGACUCAAAAGAGAUGUCGGAUUUCAUAUUGCGCAAACCUAUAUUCCAACAUCAUUGGCGUUGAUGUUUUCAUGGGUGGGUGUAUGGUUACCAGAAGAGUUUAUGGAAGGUCGUAUAGGUGUAGCAAUUACAGUGCUGCUCACACUUUCCACGGAAUCUGCGGGAGCAAGAGAACAUUUGCCGAGUGUAUCCUAUUUGAAGGCAAUCGAUCUCUGGUUCGGAUUCAUCACAGGAUUUGUGUUUUUCACUCUGCUACAAACCCUGUUUGUGAUCGGAUUUGAGAAGCGGUCGAAUCAAUUGAAGAAAUGGUCCCUAAAAGUGAAAGCGGACAUGACGGAAGAUCAACGUGACAUGAUGGUCCAGAAAGCACAGCGAUAUCAUAAAACUGGCAGGUACUUGGACAACUUUUGCCGUGUCUUCUAUCCGCUCAGUUUUUUGCUCUUUCUUAUCAUGUAUUACUUUGUUUUCACUGAAGGCCGACAGGAUGAUUGUAUUAAUAGGCGCUAA